AAUGAACAAUGAACAAUCGUUGUUUAAUGUCGGCCAUUUCAUUUGUUAUAUAAGAGGCAGCAUUCUAUGAACCUAAUAAUAAUCAACCAUAGCAGAAGUAUGUACGUAGCAGAAGAAGAAGAACAAGAUCAUGUCGACCACAAGCUUCCUUGAUUUCCAAUACGGCCUCUCAAAGAGGAAGUACCUGAGGAAGCCAUCUCGGAUGUUCUCCAUGAAAGACCGAGUCAACUCGGGGUUGCAGAAGCCCUUGUUCCAGCCGAACGCGGAGGAGAUGAAGAAAGUGUUCGACAAGUUUGACAGCAACAAGGACGGCAAGAUCUCUCAGGAUGAGUACAAAGCCACACUGAGAGCACUGGGGAUGGGGAAUAUGAUCCACGAAGUGCCGUCGAUCUUCGGGGUGGCGGAUCUGGACCGCGAUGGAUUCAUAAACUUCAGGGAGUUCAUGGAGGCGCAGAAGAAAGGAGGAGGGAUAAGGACGAUGGAUAUACAGAGCGCAUUUAAGACGUUUGACAGGAAUGGAGAUGGGAAGAUAAGUGCGCAAGAGAUUCAUGAAAUGUUAAGGAGGCUGGGAGAGAGUUGCAGUCUGGAAGAUUGCAGGAAAAUGGUGAGAGCGGUAGAUAGAGAUGGAGAUGGCAUGGUUGAUAUGGACGAGUUCACUGCUAUGAUGACUCAGUCUCUCAGAACUGCCUGAUUCCUGAUCAAGAGAAUGGUGAGUUCUAUAUCAAACAAACACAUGUACUAGUAGAUUCCUCUUGUUUUAGAUGCUGCACGUAAAUGUCAUGUUAUGUAACUUAAGUAGAUCUCUCUAUACUUCUUAUGUCCUAUAAUGAUAUUAUAAACUGAGAGCAGUGUAUACUAGACUCUUAGAUCCGGUUUCGUACAAAGUAUUAAAAAUAAAGAACACGGAAUGGAUUAGAA